AUGAGACAGCUUGAGCUGAAGUUGCCUUUCAUCGACGCCUUGAUGCUCAUUCCACCUUAUCAGAAAUUUCUGAAGGAUGCUGUUCAGCAAAGAACCAGGGAAGCACAAGGGAUGGUAGUGUUGACUCGUGAGUGCAGUGCAAUCAUUCAGCGGAAGGUCAUCUCCGACAAAAAGGAAGAUCCGGGGAGUUUCACUUUGCCCUGCAUGUUGGGACCCCUAUCUUUCAAAAACAGCCUCUGCGAUCUAGGAUCAUCUGUCAGCCUCAUGCCUUUGUCUGUAGCAAAGAGACUGGGAUAUCACAAGUAUCAAGCCUGCGGAAUCUCACUAGUCUUGGCAGAUAGAUCGAUAAGGUUACCAACUGGAAUGCUUGAAGACCUGCCUUUGAGGAUAGGGAAUGUAGAAAUCCCCACCGACUUCAUUGUGCUUGGAGAUGGAUGA